AUGGUGGCCAGAGCUCCCCUGAGGAUGGGCUUUCUCUGGGGCUUGGCUCUGUCCCUUUUCUUCUGCUGGGAGGCUGGGGCCCCCAGGAGCUCUGCAGGCCCCAGCACCAGCAGACCAGGUCCUUUGGUGAUGACAAACCACAUAGAAGAGCCUGCCAUGACUCCGGGAAUCCGGACAAAGUCAGAGAGAGACUUCCAGACCACUGACCUUGUCGAGACCUCUGUGCCAAGCCAUACCCCUUUGGAAACUCAAACCCUGAGCACCCAGACCUUUGAUAGGAACUUAAUCCUGACCAGUGCCAUUUCAGAAGCAGAGACCAGGAAAACCGAGACCACUUUUCAUGCAACAGAGACCAGGGUCUUCACACAAAUGACACCGUCCAAGUUCACGGUUAUGAUCACCACUCCUAUGGAGGCAUCAGCCACAAGCGGAAGCCCCAUGGCAACUGGAAGGACCACAGUGGAGACUAUAAUAGGCAGUGAUCUUGUGGAAGCUGUCUUUGACACCCUUUGUACUGAUGACAGCUCAGAAGAGGCGAAGAGGCUCAUAAUUGAUGUCUUGACAUCAGCUCACACCUCUGCAGAAGACGAGGGCCUGGCCUUAGACAGCAGCGUCUUCUCGGACCACUCAGUUCUGGCCAUCACCGUCUCACAGGCCCUGGCACCCGACCAGAACACUUCGGCUAAAGACUGGCUUGCCUACAGCCUCACCGACAUGGAGGUUACCAACUGCAGCGUCACAGAAAUACUAACAACUGCCACCAGCCUUGGGACCUCUGACGUAGCUCUCGACCCCACAGGAGGAAAGACCCCAUCUUCCUUUGAUGUGUCAGCUUUGCUUCAUUCCACCGAAGCAGAACCACACCUCACCAAGACCAUGACCUCCGCAGAGAUUUCGUCAGCAGCCAGUGCCACAGAACCAGCCAUACCUGAUACCCCAGUUGAGACUCUGCUACCUGCUAAGAGCACCAUAGAAGGAGGAACAACAGCAGCUGAGCCCAUGACACCCAGCACAACUUUGGUGACAGUCAGCAUUAGACCCUGGGAAGAAACUGCAGUCCUCUCUGUGGAGACGACAAGCCACACCGAGGUCUCAGGAGUGGUUACGAUCUCCACAGAGACCGGGUCAACGGUAGGUAAAGUGGCUUCCCCUGCUACGGCUGACAGCCACAGCCACAGAGCCACUAGCAAGAACUCCAGCCCCUCACAGCCUCGUACCACAGACAGAACAAUCGAUGGGUCUGUCCCCAUCAGCAGGAGCACUUUUCCUUCUGCCCACCUGAUUAUGGCCAAUAGCAGCCUCGAGGCAAACAUCACCUCAGUCAAGACCACAACCUUAGCCAAGACCUUGAAGACAACCAGCAGGGCUGGAGGGAAGGCCCCAACUGCUCUGCCCACCAUUGCUCAGCCAAGGGGGACCACAGAAGCUACUGCAGGUGGGGAUGGAGGCUUUCUCUUCCUGCAGCUGAGAGUGGCCUCCCCAGAAGACCUCAGUGACCCCAGAGUGGCAGAGAGGCUGAUGCAGGAGCUCUGCCAGGAACUGCAUACCCAUGGACCUCCCAUCCACGUCUCUCUGCUGCGCAUCAGGAGGGGCUAAGGAACAUCUGCUGUGCCAGAGGGGCCAGUGCUGCCUGCCUGUGGCCUGGGAUACCCCCCCCACCCCAUACACAGACUGGAGCUACAGAGCUAAGAUAUACCUGGAAGAUUCCCAAGAGGUCAGCUGACCUAAGCCCUUACCCAGACAUGGCAGUGGGACACUGGCUCACAUAUGCCUUAGAGUGUGUGUGUGUGUGUG